AGCUAUGUAGAUCGCCUGGCGACCUUUGACGGAUACUGGACGGCAGACGACGCCACUGCCAGACAAUUGGCCGCUUAUGGACACGUCUAUGACCGACCGCCUCUCGAGGCACUGGAACAGGGAUCACGGUGUAAUUCCUGCAGCGCCUUCGUACAGCGCGAGCAUAGCGUAAGAGCUUUCCAAGGGCCGGUAUCACAGGCGUCCCGUACCUUUGACGCCAUCCGUCUGCAUCACCCCAAAUGUGUUCAUCUCGCCCUUCGAAACCCUCUGGACGGCAAGAACACGAACUCCGACAUGGGUGGCAAUUCUCGCUUCAACGCUUUACGCAAGCGCUUUGAACGGCGAUUUGACGAAGACGCAGAUCCUUCGAUGUCUCCAAUGUCUCCCGCAAGGCAUGAUCAGAAGAGUCCGUUCUUCUUGCUGCCCACAGAGUUACGCCUCAAGAUAUACUCACAACUGAUGCCGAAGCUGGACAGAGUAACCGCGAUUGUGCCAUUGAAUGGCGACAGCGAGCGAGUCGUCACCGAGGCAGGCCACAGCAAGCGUAGACCUCGCGAUACUACCCAGAUUAAUAUCAUGCUUACUUGUCGUGAUGUGUACGAAGAGGCGCUGGACACUCUGUUCACCAAUACGACCUACAAAUUUGGCUCCCCCAAAGUAAUGUACCUCUUUCUGCGGCAUAUUGGCGAACACGGACGACGGUUACUCAAGGCAGUGGACGUGAUCUGUGGUACCAGGGAAGAUGCAAUCGCCUUCGCCCUGCUAGGAGCUUGCCCGAAGCUGCGAACCAUCACCAUUAGGCUUCCCAGACCGAUGCUUCUCACUCCGAGGCCAACUCUGUGGCAGGUUGAUGGUAUAGCAUGUCUGUUGAACCUGAGCGGUCUUCAAGAUGUGCAUUUGGCCGAGUGCAACCCUACAACGAGGCACCUGGGCGACAAUCCGCACGAUGCCAUGGUCGUCAAGCGAGAAUUGACCCGACCGAAGAACGAACGAAGUAGUAUCAGGUGGGUCAGUGGUGGCAUGGACGUUUCAUAACUUUAUCCAGGCCUUCGUCCGUCGCUGUGUGCAGCGAGACUUACCGUAGCGUGUUCGGCCUUCAACUAAGAACACGAGCGCACACAGUAC